UCAGCCUGUCUGGAAGGACUUCGGGUGGCCCUGCAAGUGGAGGGCUGGUACCUGGCUACAGGUGCAGAUGGGGAACAGUGCGCUGAAGUCUCACCUUGAAACCUCCCAGAAGACGGGAGUGUUUCAGCUGACGGGGAAAGGUCUGCAGGAGUUUCCAGAGGAGCUGCAGAGGCUCACGGCCAACCUGAGGACGGUGGAUCUGUCCGGGAACAAGAUAGAGGUCCUUCCUACCACCAUCGGAAACUUCCCUCAGCUCAAGAGUCUGACGCUGAACUCUAACCGGCUCGUCGGGAUUCCCUCUGAGAUUGGGAAGCUGAAGAAGCUGGAGACCCUGAGUCUGAAUGGAAACCGGAUCCAGCAGCUGCCCCCCACACUGGGCCAGCUCAAAGCCCUGCGGACCCUCAGCCUGGCCGGGAACCAGAUUUCAGAGUUCCCCUCCGGACUCGGAACGUUGAGGCAGCUGGACUUGCUGGACCUGUCCCGAAACAAGAUCCAGAACGUCCCUGAAGAGGUGUCCGAGCUGCAGGCCAUCGAGAUCAACCUCAACCAGAACCAGAUCUCGGUGGUGUCGGCGGAGGUCUCCCGCUGUCCCCGUCUGAAGGUCCUCCGCCUGGAGGAGAACUGCCUGGAGCUCUCCUCCAUCCCUCAGUCCAUCCUGACCGAGUCCCAGGUGUCCCUGUUCUCGGUGGAGGGAAACCUGUUUGAGGUGAAGAGACUCCGGGACCUGGAGGGAUACGAUAAGUACAUGGAGCGUUUCACGGCCACAAAGAAGAAGUUUGCCUGAGGACCUUCGAUGUAGAGUCUGGAUCUGUGAGGUUCACCUGGAGGCGAGCUCGGCUGAAGCCCCGCCCCUCUUACCCUGCACUUCCCACAGCUGCUGCUUCUGCUGCUGCUAGAAACCAGACUUCAGCAGCCGGGACUCCUCACAGCGCCCCCAGAAAUCCGAACCUCCAGAGCAACAGUCACCAUGGAGACAGGACAGGUUUCACGACACUGAAGAAGAGGACCGGUGCCAUGUUUGACUGCAUCAAACUUUAUUGUUCACUCAGUUAUGGACAGAGAAAAAGUGGAAAUGUUUAGUUAACCAUGUAGAAACAUGCUUUGUAAAAUGUCAGCAGCCUGUUUAUUGAUUGAUUGAUUAUUAAUUAUUAACAGCUAUUAAAGCUUUUAAAGACGUC